UUCAUCACUCCUCCACUUUACUGUCUCACAAAUCUCUCUCUCUCAGUUCUCAAAUCUCUCUCACCAAAAUCAAAUUCUCAUUCCCAUUCCCACAAAAUUGAAAGAAAUUAGUCUCAAUAAUCAUCUGUUCUUUAAAUCCUCCCUAGAAAUCUCUAAAUUUUUUAAUUUUUUUUAGGGUUUAGGAUCAAAAAAAAUAUUAAGAAAUGGGAAAUUGUUGUAGAUCUCCAGCAUCAGUAGCAAGAGAAGAUGUGAAAUCAUCAAAUUCACACGAUCAUCAUCAUCAUCACAAUGGAGGUGGAAAAAAGAAGAACAAUACAUCAAAAGAAUCAAAUAACAGUAAAACAGGCACAGCAACAAUAAAAGUGUUAAACGGAAUAAGUAAAGAAACAAUCGAAGAGAAAUACUUAGUAGAUAAAGAACUAGGGAGAGGUGAAUUUGGUGUAACAUAUCUAUGUAUUGAUCGUGAUUCAAGUGAGUUAUUAGCAUGUAAAUCGAUUAGUAAGAGGAAAUUAAAGACAUCAAUCGAUAUCGAAGAUGUAAGAAGAGAAGUUGAGAUUAUGAAACAUUUGCCUCAAGAUUCAAGUAUUGUUUGUUUUAAAGAAGCAUGCGAAGAUGAGAAUGCUGUUCAUUUGGUGAUGGAAUUGUGUGAAGGUGGUGAGUUGUUUGAUCGGAUCGUUGCCAGAGGACACUAUACGGAACGUGCUGCUGCUUCUGUUGUGCGGACUAUUAUGGAUGUGGUUCAACAUUGUCAUAAUAAUGGUGUUAUUCAUAGAGAUUUGAAACCUGAGAAUUUCUUGUUUGCUAAUAAGAAAGAGACUUCACCUCUCAAGGCUAUUGAUUUUGGCUUGUCUAUAUUCUUCAAGCCUGGUGAAAAAUUCUCUGAAAUUGUGGGAAGCCCAUAUUACAUGGCCCCAGAAGUGCUGAAGCGGAACUAUGGACCGGAAAUAGAUAUAUGGAGUGCAGGGGUUAUCCUCUACAUCUUACUGUGCGGAGUUCCUCCGUUUUGGGCUGAGUCAGAACAAGGGGUCGCACAGGCCAUUUUACGUGGGACAAUAGAUUUUAAACGAGACCCUUGGCCAAAUGUUUCAGAGAAUGCUAAAAAUUUGGUUCAAAAGAUGUUGGAGCCUGAUCCAAAACUUCGGUUAACUGCAAAACAAGUACUUGAGCAUCCCUGGAUCCUAAAUGCUAAGAAGGCUCCAAAUGUUCCUCUUGGAGAUGUUGUGAAAUCAAGGCUCAAGCAGUUUUCAGUGAUGAACAGAUUCAAAAGAAAAGCUUUAAGGGUCAUUGCUGAUCAUUUAUCUACUGAAGAAGUUGAAGAUAUCAGAGAGACCUUCAAGCAGAUGGAUGGAGAUAAUGAUGGUUUCGUUUCAGUUGUGGAACUUAAGGCUGGGCUGCAAAAUUUCAGUUCCCAGCUUGUGGAUUCCGAAGUACAAAUGCUAACAGAAACUAUAGAGACCAAUGGAAAAGGGACCCUCGAUUAUGAUGAAUUUCUUGCUGUGUCACUCCAUUUACGGAGGAUGGCCAAUGAUGAGCAUCUUCACAAGGCCUUCUCCUACUUCGACAAAGAUAGAAACGGCUAUAUUGAGCUUGAGGAGCUGAAGGAGGCAUUGAUGGAUGACGAAGCCAUUAACUGCUCAGAAGUAGCUAACGACAUUCUCCAAGAAGUAGACACUGACAAGGAUGGGCGGAUCAGCUACGAUGAGUUUGCAGCAAUGAUGAAAACUGGAACAGAUUGGAGAAAGGCUUCUCGACAUUAUUCAAGAGGGAGGUUUAACAGUCUCAGCAUUAGACUAAUGAAAGAUGGUUCUCUGAACAUGGGAAGUGAGGCGGUAAAAACGGAUGUGCCAAAAGAAUAACACUGUAAUUAGGCUGAAACAGUAGCUUCUAGGGUUGCCUACACGUUGUAUUGUUGUGAAAUUCCUAAGACAAACGUUUACCUAUUGUUUGAUGAAAUAUCCGAGAGAUGAUUUUACGUGAUUCCGGUCUUAGUACUUAAGAUGGGGAACAAACUUUCAAAAUGAUGCAGAAAACUUUGGUAUGUACAUUAGGAUAUUGUGUUGGCAAAAUAAACCCAACCUACUACGGUGAUUGCAAAAGUAGGAGGAAGUCCUUCUCUCCUAACGAACUUGCCCGGUGUGAAGAGCAAGGAGUAUCUUGCUAGCAGCACGACUCAAUUCUGCCUCUCUGGUGCAAGAUAGGGAAGCUCAUAACUUUGUUUGGUCGCUAGUUUUCUGCUAUUUGUCUUGUUUGUUCUAGUCUUAAUGUGGGUACUCUAUUUGUUUUUAGAUUGUACAUGUAUGCCAUCUCUUGUCAUCCUCUUUCUUCUCUAA